CCCUCCCCCGGCCCGCGCCCAGGGUGACCCAGGUGCCGCUUCCUCCCGGCCGCUGAGGGUCCGGAGCCCGCGAGCGCGACCCUCACGGCGCCCGGCCUGUCCUCAGCCUCUGCCGGGUUAGCGCGCAGGACCGUGGGCGAUGAGCAGCCCCAACCGCACGUCGCCGCUGCCCCGCGACGAGCCUGGCCAGGGGAUACCCUCCACCAUCAUGGACAUCGCCGUCAUCGCAGGCGUGAUUGCUGCUGUGGCCCUCGUCCUGGUCUGCCUCCUCCUUGUCAUGCUACGCUACAUGUGUCGGCACAAGGGCACGUACCACACCAAUGAGGCCAAGGGCACGGAGUUUGCUGAGAGCGCAGACGCGGCCCUGCAGGACGACCCUGCCCUCCAGGAUGCUGGUGGCGGCAGCAGAAAGGAGUACUUUAUCUGAGGGGUACCCGACCUCAUUCCCCAAGUGCCUCCUCAAGCCCCAUCAUGGAAAAUGCACCCCACCGUCCACCAGCACUACUGGGACCACCGUGCAGACUGCAAGAGCAGCCGCCUCUUCCCGAGAUAGGCACCUCAGAGGGCUGGGUGCCCACCCAGGGAGGAAAGCAGGGGCUCCAGCUAUGUGAGGCGUCUCCCAGGGACACAGGGAGGCAGCGGCCACCCCGAGAGGCCAGCCUUUUUUCUGCCAAAGAGGGAGAAAGUCUGGGCACACGGGUCCCUGGGCAGGCCAAGACGUCAUCUCGUUGGCGUGAAGGUCCUUGCUGAGGGUGAGCGGGGCGUGGGCCUGGGGGCCGGGGAAGCAAGGAAAUGCGUCACCAGUGCACCGCCUGGGGAUAACAGCAUCAAAUGUCAGUCCUUGACAUUUGGGGGAAACAGCAGGUGCCACAGCUAAAAGGUGCCUUUGUCUCCCAUUGAUCCAGCUCGAAACGAUUGGAAAUAAAUUUGAAAUGUAAC